AUGUCGGAGAGCAUCGUACGUAAGAAGGCAAUCCAGCUAAUACAAAGUUUGCAUCGUAAUGACUUCAAGGCUUCCAAAGAUGAGCAACGUAUCAUGAAAGCCGAGGCGGACAUUCUCGUGGCCAUUCAUCUGAUCAAGAAAGCUUGGGUGUCUGUUCACCCGCACGUACUGAUCAACGCUUUCAUGAAAGCAGGGUUCAAAUCCACAUUGAUUCAGCCGGUGGUGCAGCCACCUGAGGAUAAAUGGGAUUUGGUCGAGAACUCAUUGUGUCUAUUGAUGACCGUCUUUUUGAAGAAGAAAUCGCCUGUUUGGAAUUUGAUGAUAAAGAUCCAAGCUAAGCAUCGCAAAGAAGAAGAUGAAUGGGAGGCAGUGAAUGCGCCGGAAUUUAUCUCAAUCGGAGAGGCGCAGCAGUUAUCGGAUCAAUUGAAGCUGUUUGCCUUGGCUAAUGAUCAGAGCUCAGACACCGUGCUAGCCUGGAAGAGACGGAAUAAAUUGGGACAAUUCCGCGAAGUUGAUCCCGAAGAGGCGAAAAAAAUCGAAGAGGAACGCCAAAAACGAGAAAAAGAGGAGAGAGAAAAAAUGGAAAGUUUGACGAUCGGAUCAAGGUGUGAAGUUCGUGUCCCUAAUCAGCCCACCAAGCGCGGCGUCGUGGAGUUCGUUGGUAAGUGUUCACUCUGUGGAACCCAUUGUUCAUAA